GACCUGCCGCUGGCCCCCUGGUGACCUUGUACGAAGCCUGGACCUCCGUUUCUCCCGGUGCCCAGUGAUGAAUCUCGAAGUGUUCGAGGUCCUUUCUGGUUCUGGGUGGGACUGGGCUUGCCCUGGGACCAGAGGCCCGCUUCGGGGACACCGACGCCCUUUGGGCCAGGGAGGCGCCGGGCCAGGGCGGGGAGGAGCCGCGGGUCCCGCCCUGCUCGCCCCGUCCAGGUGCUGCCACCGGAGCCGCCACUGCCGCCGCGAGGGGCCGCCCAAGCCCCCGCCGAAGCCCGGCCCGCACUCAUGGCCUUUCUGACCACCUGGAAGGAGGCGGCCUCCCGGAAAAGCGACCGCAGGACUCCCGAGAGCAGCCUCCACGAGGCUCUGGACCAGUGCAUGACCGCCCUGGACCUCUUCCUCACCAACCAGUUCUCAGAAGCACUCAGCUACCUCAAGCCCAGAACCAAGGAGAGCAUGUACCACUCACUGACGUAUGCCACCAUCCUGGAGAUGCAGGCCAUGAUGACCUUUGACCCUCAGGACAUCCUGCUCGCCGGCAACAUGAUGAAGGAGGCACAGUUGCUGUGUCAGAGGCACCGGAGGAAGUCUUCAGUAACAGACUCCUUCAGCAGCCUGGUGCACCGCCCCACGCUGGGCCAGUUCACUGAAGAGGAAAUCCAUGCUGAGGUCUGCUAUGCAGAGUGCCUGCUGCAGCGAGCAGCCCUGACCUUCCUGCAGGUUUCCUCACAGGGAGGAGUAGUCAGGCCCAGAGCCUUGCAGGAUCCCUCUCACGCCUACAGGUGCCCACUUGGGCCAGGCUGUCAGCAUCUUUUCCUCCUGCAGGACGAGAACAUGGUGAGCUUCAUCAAGGGCGGCAUCAAAGUUCGAAACAGCUACCAGACCUACAAGGAGCUGGACAGCCUUGUCCAGUCCUCACAAUACUGCAAGGGCGAGAACCACCGGCACUUUGAAGGAGGAGUGAAGCUGGGUGUGGGGGCCUUCAACCUGACACUGUCCAUGCUUCCUACUAGGAUCCUGAGGCUGCUGGAGUUUGUGGGGUUUUCAGGAAACAAGGACUAUGGGCUGCUGCAGCUGGAGGAAGGUGCGUCGGGCCACAGCUUCCGCGCCGUGCUGUGUGUCAUGCUCCUGCUGUGCUACCACACCUUCCUCACCUUUGUGCUCGGUACCGGGAAUGUCAACAUCGAGGAGGCUGAGAAGCUUUUGAAGCCCUACCUGAAUCGGUACCCUAAGGGCGCCAUCUUCCUGUUCUUUUCCGGGCGGAUUGAAGUCAUUAAAGGCAACAUUGACGCAGCCAUCCGGCGUUUUGAGGAGUGCUGUGAGGCCCAGCAGCACUGGAAGCAGUUCCACCACAUGUGCUACUGGGAGCUGAUGUGGUGCUUCACCUACAAGGGCCAGUGGAAGAUGUCCUACUUCUACACUGACCUGCUCAGCAAGGAGAACUGCUGGUCCAAGGCCACCUACAUCUACAUGAAGGCCGCCUACCUCAGCAUGUUUGGGAAGGAGGACUACAAGCCGUUUGGGGAUGACGAAGUGGAAUUAUUUAGAGCUGUGCCAGGCCUGAAGCUCAAGAUUGCUGGGAAAUCUCUACCCACAGAGAAGUUUGCCAUCCGGAAGUCCCGGCGCUACCUCUCCUCCAACCCCAUCUCGCUGCCAGUGCCUGCUCUGGAAAUGAUGUACAUCUGGAACGGCUAUGCUGUGAUUGGGAAGCAGCCAAAACUCACGGAUGGGAUACUUGAGAUUAUCACCAAGGCUGAAGAGAUGCUGGAGAAAGGUCCAGAGAACGAGUACUCAGUGGAUGACGAGUGCUUGGUGAAAUUGUUGAAAGGCCUGUGUCUGAAAUACUUAGGCCGUGUCCAGGAGGCCGAGGAGAAUUUUAGGAGCAUCUCUGCCAGUGAAAAGAAGAUUAAAUAUGACCACUACUUGAUCCCAAAUGCCCUGCUGGAGCUGGCCCUGCUAUUUAUGGAGCAAGGCAGAAAUGAAGAGGCCAUCAAACUCUUGGAAUCUGCAAAGCAAAACUACAAGAAUUACUCCAUGGAGUCAAGGACACAUUUUCGAAUCCAGGCAGCCACACUCCAAGCCAAGUCUUCCCUAGAGAACAACCGCAGAGCCAUGGUCUCAUCAGUGUCCUUGUAGCUUUGUGCAGCAGUUCCGGGCUGGAAGACAAAGAGACAGCUGGACAGAGCUCCUGCAAACAUUUCAAAAGAUCCCCUCCCCUGCCCUGCCCUGCCCUGCCCUGCCCUGCCCUGCCCUGUCCUGCCCUGCCUUUGGGGUCCACUGGCACUCCAGUUGGAUGGCAUGACAUGGGUAUCUGUGCAGAAGCCAAGCUGGCAUUUUCACCAGUGUGGCCAAGGGCCUUUGCCAAGGGCAGAGCAGGUAGAGCCCUCUACCUGCCCUAUCACACAUACGGGUACUUGCUUUUCACUGUGAUGUUUAAGAGAAUGUAUGAACAGUUUACAUUUUCCUUAGAAAUAUACGGAUGGGAUCACAGUUGGCUUUAAAAACCAACACCAACCAACCACCUGCAAGUCUUCGUUUUCACCCAUUAUGAUCUGGAGGUAAAUCGCUUUAUAUGAUGCCAAAGGGCAAACUGCUUGUCAAAUUCAGCAAGUUCUCAGCUUGUGUGACUGAAGGGCCUUCAGAGGACCUGAGAAAUGCCUGGGAGAGGCUAAGCCUCAGGUUUUAAUGCUUCUGGGGCUGGGCAUGAGGAUGCACACGGACACCCACUACCUUACUACUCACACUUCAUUUCACUCCUUUUGUAAAUUUCCAAUUUAAAAAUCAGCACGUCUUUUUAGUGAGAUAAAAUCUGAGCUCUUCUAUAGAAAAAUCAGUCUCCACCAGUAGGAAAUACCAGGGCUUGAUGGAAGAGCUGUGUGGCCUUUUCUGUGCCAAAGGCAGGAAGUUGGGGGGCAGGAGGAGGUUCUCAGAAGCCAGUCUGUAUCUUUGCUGUAUGUCAAACUGAAACCACAGGGACUAAUUUAUGAAACAUAAAAGUCUUCUGUACUUCACUCCAGUAAGUCAUUUACUUACUGACAGCAUUUUUCUUAGAACUGUUAUUCUUGACCUGUUGUGUAUGUAUUAGAUUCUUCAGUUGAGAGAAAAGAGAUAUUAAAGUGAUAAAAUGUAUGCCCUUAAGGGAUCAUGCAACAUAUAUUUCAAUAAAAUAUGUGUUGCUCGAGUCCUUAGGCCAGGCAGAAAGUCUUGAUCAGAAGCCACAUGGCUUAUGUAUGUUUUAUUUAGACCACAAAUGUUUUAAACUUUUUGAGUAAGUUACCAGCAUUCACAAAUGGGGAGAUUUCACAAAUGAAUCUAUUUCCUGGCCUGUAAUUAAAAAAAAUAAAUCUGGCAACACUGAGCCUCAUUCCCACAGGGCAACAAUCAGCCAAAGCUAAGUCGAAGCUACUUUAAACACUUCUGUUACCUUUCUGACCCCUAAAACAUCUGAAUUUGCAAUCUCUGGGACUGUUAAAGUGAGAACUCAGCUUCAAUGACCAACACCAGGUUUUACCCUUCACUUUUCUGGGGGGGAAGGAAAAUUUGUAUUAUUUUAAAGAAAACAAGUGUACAUUUAA